CGCAUCGAGGCUCUCAAGGCAUUUUUCUCAGAAACUAACGACAAAAAGGACGGGGACCUACGCGCGGUCCUUUUCCCCUAUCUUCCUAACGCGGUGCGAGAAAAGGUUCUAGCGCACGAAGUCAGCGUGACCAAACAAGGAGUGAGUGGCUCGGGGAGUGUUCAUAGGGGGAUAGUUACCGACUUGUUCAAUUGCCAAGAUGGUGGGUGGGAGGGGUACAUUGCCAGCAUCACUGAAAAGAGUGCUGUGUAUAGAUUCACAAGUACCUCUUGUGUUUGCGCCUUCCCAGUAUGCAUUGGGUUAACUGUGGAAUUUUGCUUGAGUACUAGAAUUCCUGGCACAGUUGCUGAUUCCAGUGCUAAGGCAAUUGAGUACAUUCCAGGCACACUUCCUGAUGGCUAUGCUGCAGACUAUCUGCAAUGCCUUGAAGACCAGGCACCUUCAGUCUGUCUGGACAGAAUCAUGCAACUCCCUGGCCCACUUAGAGCCAUACUUCAUGAGCCAGACCUACACAUCCCUUACAUGUCAAAAAUAUUAGCUGUGCUUCAUUGCAUUUCCAGUGUAGGCAAUGACUUUUCCAGGGUUGCGAUAAAAGUAGGUAUUCACGAGAGCAGUUUUCUUGGUAGCCUUCCCAAAACUCUGUGCAUGCAGCAGAGUACACCAGAGGCAGUUGCAGCAACAAGAGGGAGUGUUGUGCAAUUUUUGAGUCUAGUCUCAGUCUGCAUUCAUACCUGCCCGGACAUUGCGUACAAAAUGUCAUCAGUCAUUCAAGGCUGUGCUAGGCUUGCUAAUUCCUUUGGGGAACAGUUCUCUCUAGAAGGCCCCAACCUCGGUAAGGCCAUAAUACAUGCCUGCUCAGUAGUACGGGGUGCAGAGAGUCUUCAAGAACCUCUAACUGAAGGCAGCAACGACGCACCGAGCCUACGAGACCCUCUGCUGUGGAUAACCCAUGUCUUCGGUAAGGCCGUAGCUAAUUCCCUAAGGAAGUAUAUUCCGGGGACCCUGCUCCGAGAGGAUGAGAGUGGUGUGAUUGCCAGGCGAAAACUAGAAAACAUCAUUACUUCAGUAGCACCCACUGGUUCAGAAGAUAAAACGCCCACCAAAUUCUUACAAAAUUACACCUUCCAAAGUCUCAGUCUAUCUCUAGCAAUGAGCAUGGACAGCUAACACAAAAGAUGGGCAUUGUCAUUGACCUCUAUCCCAGAGAAGGGUACAUAGUCCUUGCUUCAGGGAAAGGGUGCCACAGGAGGACUCAGCAGGUCUUCAAACUUGGACCGGCAACUACAACUGAAGUAGUCUCAUCUAUACACCUUGGCGACAUCGUGCAGUUUCUAGUAAGUUCAAGCGCUCCUGAAGCAGUGGAGAGAGUAGUUAAAAUCAAGCAGUACUGCUCUGAGGCUCUUGAUGUAACCUUUGCCAGUGAUUAUCUCACCCAAAAUAAAGGUUUAGUGAAUCUUUUCGAGAAUGAGGCAGCCAUGAAAGCGAUACUCAAUGCUUCCCAUGUUUACACAAGUCCAGAUGUGUGUGCUAAGCUUAUUUCAACAGCAUGCAGUGCACUGUCUGACUUAGCCUCCUCUAUAAAAAAGAAAAUGCUUGCGCUACUAAAAUCGUCUUCUUUCAUUCUUGAUGUCGUUCAAAUAGCACCAGAAGAGGUUACCAAGUCGAUGAAGGUUCUAGAAAAGUACCUUGAGCACUUCCCCAAUGAGGUCUGCGUUCUUGUGCCAGCACUUGAGUCAAUGGUCGAUGUUCUACAGAAACAAGACAAGCCACUCGAGCUGGCCGCUUUUGUUUCUUUUCUCUCAAGCAGCACUUGUCUUCUUCCCCACUCAGUCGAGAUAGCUAGACAGCCGUGGCAGACCGUCCCCACUCUACUGACAGAGGAAGAAUGGAAGGCUGGUGCUGUUGCAAACACAGACUAUCUCCCUUGUGUUAAGGAUUGCUACACCUCCGUCCAUGAAUAUGGCCGCACCUACUUUCUUCUCCUCAGAGCUGACUGCUAUGGGGACUUGGCAACAUCCAUUCGUCGGCUCAGGGACCCCACAGCUUCCAACAAUAAAGCUACAGAUGAGGCAGUAGUGGUUUAUGAUGCCACUAUCACUGCCUUCUCAAACUACAGUGCUGGACACAAACUGGUAUAUCACUUCACAAUAAAGACACAGCCCCAGUCCUCUGAGAAUGUGUCAAGUGACGCACCUUUUCUCAAAGCAGGUAACCUACUCUGCCUAAGCGUUGGUGGUCGUUUCAAGGAUGACAUUAUCUGGGCCACCAUCAACCAUGUCUCAAGGUACAUUCACUUUGGAGAAAAUGAAACAAAACAGUGUGAGGUCCUGGUGGAGCUGUGCACUGAGAGUAACACACUGUCAGACGAGGAGGCAAUGUUAUCCCUGAACAAUUCAGGGAAUGUAGUGGCACUUGAGAGUCCAGCAUACUUCAGGGCCUACCAACCUGUACUGGAUGCACUGAAGCAAAUGGACAUGGAGAAGAUCCACUUUCUGCCAGACCUACUCAACCCAGGCAAAGAACCACAGGCUUCCCUGGAGCUGAUCAAUGACAACACACUGGUGACUGAUCUGGGUGGUCUCAAGCAAGAGGCAGACGGUGUCCCGGUCGUGAUGACAGUUGGAGAACUGAGGGAACAGCUGAGUGACACAGAACAAUACACAGAUUUCUGUCUGCCCAAGUUUCAGCGGAUUGCAGUGGAGCGAGCCCUCUCCCAAGCUCUAAGCCUCAUUCAGGGGCCACCAGGAACAGGAAAGUCCUACAUAGGAAUGCAGCUACUGCGCCUCUUUCUCUCUAUGAAAAACAGCUCUGGUAAACUAAUCCUGGAAAACAAACCCGCCCUAGUCAUCGCCUACAAGAACAGAGCCUUGGAUCUCUUCAUCAAAAUGUGCACCAGCUUCUGUUCUCUGGACAGAAUUGUGAGAAUCGGCCACUUGUCAAAGGAUAAUGAGGAGGAACUGAGGUGUACGUUACUUAAUGAAAAGGUUAUGUCGGGUCUUGACAGAAACCGCACAGUGGAGCUCAAGGCUGCCAUGGAACAUCAGUAUGAAAGGGUACAAAUGGCCAGGAUAGCCCUUGUAGCUACAGUGGAAAUGGCAGGCCUCAAUGAGUGCCUGGACCACAUUACUCCAGAGUGGCUACAGAGCCUCAUUCUCGACCAAGGCUCAGUGUCUGCUGCAUACGGAGUGGCUGCUAGAGUUAGGGACGACCCUGAGAGGUGCCUGGACCUAUUACAGAGAGCCCGAAUGGGGGAGAGAGAUCGGCAAGAGAGACAGGAAAUUGAGGAAACCCUAAGCAGGGCCUGGUCUAAGUGGGUGGAGGGAAUCAGGUGGGACCCACAAGAUCCCGUUCCAGGAACCAGUGGCUCACUCCAGUAUGACAGUGACUCAGAGUUGGACUCGAGGGAGUACGAGGAGUACUACGACACUCUUCAAAAGAGAAAUAAUGCAGUCGAAACCUUGACUUCAGUCUAUGCAGACUUUGAAGAUGGCCCAGUGGAAGUGUCAAAUGUCUGGGCACUUAGUCCUGAUGACAGACGGAGGAUGAUCAGAGCUGCCACCAGAGAGCGCUAUGAGUCUGCCAUGGAUGACUUGAAGGACAGCAUAAGGCAGUACAACAUGAUACGAGAAUUAUACGAGAAAAGACGUGAGGAGAAGGCAGUGGAGAUCUUGAAGGGGGCCAAGGUGGUGGCAAUGACGACAACAGGUGCUGCCAUCAACCAGCGACUUCUGAACCAGUUGGAGGCUCCCGUUGUGUUUGUGGAAGAGGCGGCAGAGAUCCUGGAAUCUAACCUUCUCGCUGUCCUCACUCCUCAUGUGAAACACAUGGUCCUCAUUGGAGACCAGAAACAGCUCAAACCAACAGUCGUCUGGAACAAGCUGGCCAGUGACAGAUACAAGUUUGAUGUAUCUCUCUUUGAGAGGCUAAUCAGAAACAAGUAUCCUCACACUCUGCUACUCAGACAGAGCAGGAUGCACCCCUCCCUUGUGCCACUCUAUGGGUAUCACUACCAACGUGGACCAAUUACAAUACGCUCUGCUGAUAAAACAAAAGACUUGGUGCACCCAAAGUGCAUGGGGAAGAACUUCUUCUGGUGGUCAUACUCGGGGGCUUAUGAAACCAGGCGAGAGAAAGGCUACAUGAACACCCACGAGAUCGAUAUGGUCGUCAGUCUGUGCUGCUGGCUGCUCUGUAAUAGAGUGGAGUCUGGCAAAAUUGCUGUUCUGACACCCUACAGAGGCCAGGUGCAUUCUUGUUUAGUGUAUUACUUUAGGUGGCCAUGUUUUGUGAACUUUGCAGCUUGAAGAAAUCAAAAAGUCCCUUGAGGAUAAAGCAAACAAGUACAGAAAUAUGCCAAGAGCGUUGGUUGACAUAGAUGUGUACACUGUGGACGAAUACCAGGGUCAUGAAUGUGAUGUGGUAAUACUAAGCCUGGUGCGUAGCAACACGAGUGGGAAGAUUGGAUUCCUGAAGGUCUCCAACAGAUUAGUGGUGGGCACUUCACGACAGAAGUGUGCCUUGUACAUUGUGGGGAAUCGCACAUUCCUGGAGAAAAGCGCUCCUGCCCUCUGGAAGGAUUUCUUGACUGAAUGCAGACCUAACUCCAUUGGGACAGAUCUCCCCAUUGUUGUGGGCACUAGUCCAGUUGGGUGCCAGUCAUCCAGUGAGCUUGAUGAAAGGGUGAAGAUGGCUCUGGAAGUGGCAGCCAAUAAUGCCGAAGGAGAUAACGUCAAUGACACUGACUUUGACUUUGAUCCACCCCCCGCUGGGUUGCAGUCGGCAGUUGGCACACUAUCACCAUCAGUUGGGGCACAAGAGUCAGGGUCCAGUACACCAACCUCCAUUAGAGCUCUGUCAGGACCUAGUACACCAGCCUCCGUUAGGUCACAGUCAGCAGUUAGUACACCAGCCACAGUUAGGUCACAGUCAGCAGUUAGUACACCAACCUCAGUUAGGGCACAGUCACAGUCAUCACCAGCCUCACGAUCUGCUCGGUCAAAGUCAGUAGACAGCACCCCACCUGCUGAUCCAUUUAGAGCGAGCAAACCAGCUUUUGAAAACACACAAAAUGUAGUAGCCUCUUGCUCUCCGAGUCAUCAGCCACACUCAUUGUCACAACUCACUGAGCCUCAAUUCUCUGGAUCUGCUUGUAGACAGCAAUCAAGCCCUCCGGCCUUAGAUCCAACACUAAUGGCAGGGGAUACCCCUGUUCUAGGGGAAAUCGAUGAGCCCGUUUCUUCAUCCACAACUACGUGGGACUUCCGCCAAUGCACUCUAAACCUGAAAGACACAGAAGCCGCUAAAGAUUGGAAAUUUAUUGGAAGGCGUUUGGGGCUAAGUGAGGGAGACAUUGAGGCAAUCGAUAAGAAUUACAGUUCCGAUAUGAAGGAAAAGUUUUAUCAGAUGAUGGUGAAGUGGAAAUCAAUAAAAGGGAAGAAGGCAACAAGAGAAAGGCUAAUUGAAGUACUUAAGAAAGAGAAACUGAAUCAGAUUGCAGAAGAAGUAGAAAAGGAAGAAGUUGGAUUUUAGUUAGAGCAACAUGUAUUUCGUAGAUUAAGCAAUGGUGUACUAAAAAAACACUUAAUAUUAUUAACUUUACUUUCACUGUACAAAAGAGGAAACGUAGUAGCUAUAUCUUCACCGUUUAGAGUGAGAGAAUGUCAGUGGGGAGCAUUGGUGCAGGUGUAGCAUACAGACUGAUCUGGUGCAUUUUUACAAGAGCUGUGGUGUUUUUCGAGGUAUACUUCUUUCUUGGAGUUGGGGGUAUCGGAUCUGUAGCUCAAUCUCAGUACUCCAAUGCAGUCCGCAUUCUUGAAGUGAAUUAACCCUCUGCGCGCAUGCAUGCUCAGCGAGGGUUCCCAACAUCUCACUGUUCACGAGCCAUGA